AAAUACAUUCACACCCUUUACAUUGAUAUAUGAUUCUUUCUGUGCUUCAACUAUAUUACUGCUGGUUGAGUGGAGUUGUUCCUGUUUGCCAUUCGUCGGUCGCAUUACUGCCAUAGUCUUUUAUAUGGAAAGAUUGAUUGAAGACGCAGCACCCGUUUCUGUUCGAUCAGAAAUCAACAAAGAAUCAAGAGUUGGUCGAUCUCUUUGUAGUCUGACGCGUCGUUGUUGGCAUGUGAAGGAAGUCGCAACCCACCCCAAAUCCUGGAAGGUGGAAGCUUGGGCAUUCAAUCCGACUUGGCGACAUCUAAUGUCUAGGCCACCACUUCUCUUCGAGACAUGGAAGUCACCUCUUCCGACAUCUUCAUUUCAGUUUGAACAAGAAAAGAUGGCCAGCUUCAUCCGUGGAAAGCAGGCGGGCAUACAGAACGACCUGUCCGCCGGGCUCACUCCCGAGCAUGUCGCGAUAGACUUCUUGGAUAAAUACGGCAUCAAUAGUCAAAUAGGAGCCCUGGCUUAUGAUCCCGUGCAAUCACUGCUGGCAGUGGGCACAAAGGACAGCAAAUUCGGACCUGGGCAAAUCUACAUUUUCGGCAGAAGCAGAGUAGCGGUCACACUUGAACUGCCUCAACGAGCGUCAGUCAAGCAGAUACAGUUCUGCGCCGACAAGCUUGUCUGUCUCGACUCAAAAAAUGACCUGUCGUUCUACUCGCUCGAAGCAAAGAAACUCAUCGGAUCCCACUCACCACCAGGUGUCGCAACCACUAUCGCGACAGAUCCCGCGUUGGACUAUGCCUUGAUUGGUAUGCAAUCUGGAGAUGUCCUUGCCUAUGACAUGGAUAGAGAGGGAGCCGCUCCCUUCCGAAUCCCAAAUCUAUGGGCUGAGCGCGAUUCGAGAGUCCGUGUAUCACCAGUCGUCAGCAUCCAGUUUCAUCCUAGAGAUAUUGGAAAGCUGCUCAUCGGCUACGUCCACGGUGCUGUCACCUUCUCGUUCAAGCUGAACCAAGCCCAAAAGUUCUUCCAAUAUGAAGUCCCUGCUGGAGCUCCAGGCGGCCACGCAGAUCCUUCAUCAUCAAAAACCCCUCGCUGGCCGAAACUCACCCAAGCAGUCUGGCAUCCUACUGGCACUUUCAUCCUGACCGGACAUGAAGACAGCUCGAUGGUGUUCUGGGACCCCAAAGAUGGUAGAAUUGUCUUGGCUCGGACUACCAGCGAGACUCAUAUCAAUAUUCCGGGCAAAGGUACCACGACUCUCGGACCGACAGUAUCCGUGAAGGAGCCCAUCUUCAAGGUUGCAUGGUGUGCAAACAAGGAUCCCGAUGACACUGCUCUUCUCAUUGCUGGAGGCGCCGAUACUACUAUGCCGACGAAGGGAAUGACUUUCUUCGAGCUGGGACGAACACCAAACUAUGCGACUUCAAGCUACGAAGUUCUGGCUGAUCACCUAGAAUCGCCGCGCCGACAGAGAGUACUCCCAACACCACCAAACGCCGAAGUGGUCGACUUUUGUCUCAUCCCUCGAGAGUCGCCUCAUUUCGCAGGUGCACAAGAUCCCAUCGCCAUCCUCGCGCUCUUGUCGUCUGGGGAAGUCAUCAGCCUCAGCUUCCCCAGUGGUAUCCCUAUCACGCCCACCAACCAGCUCCAUGUAUCCAUGACUUUUGUACAUCCCUUCAUCAGACGUGCAAAUGUUACUACAGUCGACAGAGUCAGAUGGCUCGGCAUGACAGAGACUCGCAGUCAAGGCCCACAAAUCUUGAAGGGUGGUGUAGAGCAGACUCAUCCUCUCAAGCGAUACGAAAACCGAAACAUCAUCCAGACCAUGCAUGCCGAUGGAACCGUCAGGCUUUGGGAUGCUGGUCAUGGAGAUGAGCUAGAGAACGACAAGGUCCUCGAAGCAGGUGUUGGUCGAGCUGUUGGACGCAUUGAAGGCGUUGACAUCACUACUACUUCCCUUGCAAGCGCGAGUGGCGAGUUUGCAGCAGGUACCAGAAGCAGUGAAGUUGCUGUCUUCCGAUGGGGUCACAACAGAAACGCUGGUCGUGAUGUGCCUCCAUCUGCUGGUGGAAAUAAUCCUAACUCUCUCACCAACAUCGUGAAUAGAGCCGAUCCUAGUCUCAAGGAGGGACUCUGUCCUUUCACCCUGCUUGACUUGCAAAGUGGUCCCAUCACAGCAGUCAAGGUCAGCGAGGUCGGCUUCGUUGCAGCUGCUUCCGAAGGAGGCAAAAUUGCUGUCAUCGACAUGCGUGGUCCUGCUAUCAUCCAUCUUGGUACGACUCAAGACUUUGGCAAGGGUGACAAACUCGGCACGUUGCGCCGAAAGAGUAGUCAUGCUGCUGACAGACCAGAGUGGGUGACAAAGUUGGAGUUUAGCGUCAUGACCCUCGAAGACGAGAACUACUCCAGUGUGAAUCUCCACGCUGGUACUAACUUGGGCCGUUUGGCAACUUUCAAGCUUGUACCUGACUCCAGUGGGCGUUACUGUGUCGACUUCAAGGGCAUCACCUCGCUCGAUGGUCGCAUCAUCCACAUGUCGCCAGUGAACACCCAGACAGGGAGACUAGCAUCCGCAAGUCAGGACGCGGUCGCCAAUCUUCGCAACGGUGCAAAGACCGAUGGUGUCCUUGUCGCUGUGACCACAACAGAAGCGCGUAUUUUCCGCCCAGCCACAUCAAAGGGUGCUCACAAGACAUUCGAUAGCCACGCCUGUGAAUCAGCAGCCGUCGUACGGUUCCAGGACCAAGGCUAUGUGCUUGCUGGACUUUUCGGCGAUGGUACUGUACGUGCAUACACGUUGCCUGCUUUGAAAGAGCUGAACUCGAUCAACGUAUCGCAUAUGCUGGACACCAGGCGCUUCGCAGACUCGAUCAUUCUUCCCAAUGGCGACAUCUUCGGCUGGAAUGGUCCCUCCGAGAUGGCAUUGAUCAACAUCUGGGGUACAGGUCAACUACUGCCGAAAUCACUGGACAAGUUGUUUAACCCAGAUGCAGUCAUUCCACCCAGACCCACAAUCUCAAAUUUCCAAUGGGUAGCAGGAACGCAAUACGUGACUCCAGCAGACAUGGAUCUCCUGAUCGGCGGCCCAUCUCGUCCCCCUUCCAAACGCAUGAUCGCCCAAAACCGCGCAGAUGAAGCAUCACGCCUCGCCGCCUCCCGUGCCGGUCCUUCUGCUUCCACCUCCGCCUCCGCAGCUGCUGCAAGUAAUGAGGGCUGGGGCGCCUAUCUCCAACGCAACAUCCAAGAACGUACUGAAAAGCUGAAUAUCAUGGGAGACUCGAUGGAGAAUCUAGAAAACAAUUCACAGGGGUGGGCCGACGAUGUCAGCAAGUUUGUUAACAAGCAGAAGAGGGGUGCUGUUACCGGGUUGAUCAAACACAAAUUCGGAUUCUAAGUGGAUGAACAUGAGAGAGACAUGUUAUUGGGAGUGGGAGAUGAGGAUGAACAUCUGGUUUUUAUUCAAUGGAGAUUCCACUAUUCAUACGAUACGUUGUAUUCGAUCGCUUCUUAGCACUCUAUCCAUCAUAGUAUUGAUAAUUUUGACCAGUCGUUCCUGCU